AAUGGCUUCAUCAUCUAUGCACGAAGCUCUCUUCUCUUCACGGCUCUCUUCUCUUCACGGCUUCUUCAAGUCAAUUCAUCUUCUUCUUCUUCUUCGUCCUUCCGUUGCGCUCUUCCAAUUAUCUCUUCACCAGCUGCAGUAUCGUGCUCAAUCAAAUCGACCCAGUUGUUUAAACAGCGAUGUAGAACCAAAGUGAGGGACUUUUCUCUUUCUUCACUUUCCCGGAGAGGGUUCGUUUGCAGAGCUGCCGAGUACAAGUUUCCGGAGCCCAUACCUGAAUUUGCCGAAGCUGAGACUGAGAAAUUUAGGGACCAUAUGUUAAAGAAACUAUCUACAAGGGACCUUUUUGAAGACUCUGUUGAUGAAAUUGUCGGAGUCUGCACUGAGAUCUUCGAGACGUUCUUGCGCAGUGAGUAUGGAGGACCUGGUACACUCUUGGUCAUACCUUUCAUUGACAUGGCGGAUACUCUCAAUGAAAGGGAAUUGCCUGGAGGUCCACAAGCUGCACGAGCAGCUAUUAAAUGGGCUCAGAAUCAUGUAGACAAGGACUGGAAGGAGUGGACCGGUACUGAUUAGUCCUCCAAGCAUCAAAAUAUAGUCCUUUUGAGUUAUUUAGUUCAGUAGUGUUGUCUCAGAGUAUAGAAGUGUCCUCAGUAAAACUCGGAGAUUAAUUUGCAAAUUUGGUAGUUAAUAAGCUCUGUUGUAGUAUUCUUUUGCCGCAUCAACUGUUUUUCACCUGAUGGUCGAAUCUAUGUACGUCAGAUCUGUUAAGUGUUGUUGAUUCAAGAUUACCAUGUUGUUGUGA